UCCGCGUCUGCUGGCUGACCCGCCGUCAGUCUGCAGCUGCGGGAGGCCAUGGGGCGCGAGUCCGCGGCGCUGGUGGGCCCGCUGCUCGGGCUGGGGCUGCUGCUGUGUGGUCUGGGCAGCUUGGCGAGCGCCGAGUCCCGCGCUCCGCCGGACAAGAUCGCAAUCGUUGGCGCCGGAAUUGGUGGCACUUCCUCGGCCUAUUAUCUUCGGAAGAAAUUUGGGAAGGAUGUGAAGAUUGACGUGUUUGAAAGAGAAGAGGUCGGGGGCCGCUUGGCCACCAUGAAGGUGCAGGGUCAUGACUACGAGGCAGGGGGCUCUGUCAUCCACCCUCUAAAUUUGCACAUGAAGCGUUUUGUCAAAGAGCUGGGUCUCUCCAGUAUUCCGGCUUCCGGUGGCUUGGUGGGCGUGUACGAUGGAAAGUCUCUGGUAUUUGAGGAGAGCAGCUGGUUCAUAAUCAACAUGAUUAAGCUGGUGUGGCGCUACGGAUUUCAGUCCCUGAGAAUGCACAUGUGGGUGGAAGACUUGCUGGACAAGUUCAUGAGGAUCUAUCGUUAUCAGUCCCAUGACUAUGCCUUCAGCAGUGUAGAAAAGUUAAUGUAUGCCAUCGGAGGGGAGGACUACGUCAGACUGCUUAACCAGACUCUCCAUGAAAACCUGAAGAAAGCAGGCUUCUCUGAGACGUUCCUCAGCGAGAUGAUUGCUCCCGUCAUGAGGGUCAAUUUUGGCCAGAGCACUAACCUCAACGCCUUUGUGGGGGCGGUGUCGAUUUCGGCUGCUGAUUCCAACCUUUGGGCAGUGGAAGGUGGUAAUAAAGUUGUGUGCUCAGAGCUUCUUCAGGCUUCCAGCAGCAAUCUUAUAACCGGAGCCGUGGUGUCCAUUGAGGAGAAGACAAGAACCAAGCAGACAGGCAACCCCACCAAGAUGUAUGAAGUAGUUUAUAAAACAGGAUCUGAGACCCAUUCUGACUUCUACGACAUUGUCCUUGUGGCUGCGCCACUGAACCGGAAGAUGUCCAACAUAACUUUCCAUGGUUUCAAUCCGCCCAUUGAGGAGUUCAACGACCCAUAUCAACACCUGGUGACGACUUUGAUUAAAGGAGAACUGAAUUCCACUUUCUUCAGCUCCAGACCCAAGGAGCAGUUUGGUCUCUCUGCGAUUCUACUCACUGAUGACUCCAAUAUGUUUAUUAACAGCCUGUCCAUUGUAUCUUCUAUAAGAGCCAAGGAGGGCCCCGCACCUCCAACGGAUGGGAUGCAUGUGUGGAAGACCUUCUCCAGGGACAUUCUCACCGAGGAACAAAUUUCAAAGCUCUUCCUGUCCUAUGAGUAUGCUGUCCGGAAGCCGUGGCUGUCCUACCCGUACUAUGAGCCUCCUCAGAAGUGUCCCUCCAUCAUCCUCCAUGACCGGCUCUAUUACCUCAAUGGCAUCGAGUUUGCCGCCAGCUGCAUGGAGAUGAGUGCCAUUGCUGGCUACAACGCAGCUCUCCUUGCCUAUCACCGUUGGAACGGCCACGAGGACAUGAUUGACCAGGAUGAUCUGUAUGAAAAGCUUAAAACGGAGCUGUAACUGCUUCUCCCCAGAGCGUCCUGCCCUGGCCGAUCAGCGGAGAGGAUUUUGAAUCUCUACCAGCACUCUUCAUGUGGGUCAUGAGAAAACAACAUUCCUGACAUUCCUUCAGCCGGAAUGUCUUCACUCUUACAUUUGGGGGAGGGGCACGAGGAGGUUUGAACCCAAGGCCCCCGUGCAUGCUGGGCAAGCACUGUAUACCAAGCUGAGCUGCACCCCUAGCCCUCUUUGUGGCUUUUCUUUUGAGACUGGGUCUCACUAAGUUUUCCAGGUAGAAUUCUCCUGCCUCAGCCUCCUGAGGCCUGGCUCUUAACUAUCUGGGGAACCAUUGGAGUGUUUCCCAGGCUUGUCUGGUUUUAAGAGGCACUUGAAAGUUGAUAAAUACCUGGAUUUGGGUUCAGUGGGCUGGAUUUGCUUAGAUUGUAAUCUUUCUUUCUUUUUUCCUCUCUCUCUCUUUUCUUCCUUUUGGGGGAGUUUGUUGAAACUAGGUCUUACUCUACCCCAAGGCUGGCCUUUAAAUCACAGCAACCCUCCUGUCUCAGCCUCCCAUGUGCUGGUAUACAGGUGUGAACUCUAAUUCCUGGCAGUUUACACUUUUCUGAUGGAAAUCUGCUGAAGCCUGAAGUCAAUGUGGAGUUUUUUAUUGCAUCUUUCUUGGUUUUAUCAGGGAUAGAUUCAGAGAUAGAAACAGAGAUAUCCUGUGAAAUGGGAACCAAAUAUAGGCUAUUAAAUCAAGAAACUGGCAUUGUCAUCUGAGGCCCUCAUGAAGAAGUUUGUGUUUUUCUGUACUGUGCUGGGGAUUGAACCCAGGAAUCAGACAAGUGCUUUACCGGUGAGCUACAGUCCCAGCUCUAAGAGCUUUAGGACCCACAUGUAGAGAAUGGGAUUUUCUGGGUUGAGGAUGGACUCUUGGCACUGUAGCAUUUGUCAAGUUCAAGUGUCUAGCACAAAGCCAAAUUCACAGGUCCAGGUGUGGGGUUAAACCAUCUCUAGAUAGCUUUGAGUGCCUUAAAAGUACUGAGCAACGCAAAUCGUGACCACAGCAGACCUGUGCCAGGGGUGACGGCUGUGUUGCUAUUAGCAGCGGUCUUCAUGGGAACAGCACUAGAGCAGAGGCAGCUUGGGUGACCCCAGAGCAGGUGGCCUUAGAACUGUGUCUUCAUGGCGACUUGAGUUCAGAGGUAAGCUCAUCAGAUGCUGGGCAUCCAAGGUAAGGGGCUGUUGCUGAAAUCUUCAGACAAUGGCGCUCAGCUGUGGUUGCUUCUCACUUGUAGCGAAGUUCAAGAAUCCUAGCUUUUUAGAAAACUGCUCAAAGGUCACCAGUGACUGUCACAGCCACAAAUAUUAAGAGAAAAGAAGUAAUUUUGCCUGCUUUGAUGGUGCCUAUAUUCUCAGUACUUUUGUGGCAAGAGGGGUAAGAGUUCAAGGCCAGCCGGACAUGGUGGCUCCUGCCUCUAAUCCCAGCACUCUAGGAGGCAGAGGCAGGCGGAUCUCUGUGAAUUAGAGACCAGCCUGGGCUGUGGCAACACUGAGUCUCAAGGAAUAAAAACCAACUCCCUUCACCAGAUUAUAGCAUUGCAGCAGUAAAGUGGUCUGAGGAAACACUGAUUCUUAAAAAUUACUUUUCCCCUGGUAUAGCUGUGGGAAUUAAUAAUGUGUGGAGAAGGCAGCCAUUAUAUUUGAUAUAGUGAAAGGAAUUAACUUCAUAGUUUAUCAAAAGGUUGCCUUUUUUCUAAUUUGUUCAGAGACAUUUGUAUUUGUUUCUGUUGUGGUUUUAAUGAACAUGGUUUGUCAGAAAUAGAACCCUGUUGUGGAUUUGGUACAGUGGUUCCUCAUCUGAGGGGGAUGUGUUUCAUGACCUCGAGGGGCACCCGGAACUGGGAAGCCGUGAGUCUCACAUGUUCUAUUUCCACAUGUACAAUAUCCUGUGAUAAAGUUUUAAUUUACAAAUUUGGCACAGUAAGAGAGUAACAACAAUAAUUAUAAAAUAAAAGAAUUAUAAUAAUUCACCAUAAUGGAAGUCAAUUAAAA